CUCCUCCACCCAAACCUAUUUAUGUCUACAUUCACCAAAACAACCACCGGGGGCUGGUCGCCACAGGGAUGUAUGCCAGCGCACUUGCAGGCGAUGUUGACGGAGGAGGGUCUUACGGCGGAGGACUACGCCUUGGCGUUCCUCCAACUCGUCCGCUUGUUGAAGACGCAGCGCCGUACGGGCUGGCUCGACCAUGAUAUCACCGAAUGCGAGUCCAUCGCCGACCAUAUGUACCGCAUGGGAAUCAUCUCCAUGGUGGCCGACACAGCUACCCGCACGCUCGACACCGACAGGUGUGUCAAGAUAGCCUUGGUGCAUGAUAUCGCAGAGGCUCUAGUGGGCGAUAUUACGCCGUUUGACAAGCAUGUGGGUAAGGAAGAGAAGCAUGAGCGGGAGUUGAUGACGAUCGAGUACUUAUGCGAGUUGAUACAGCCAUACAACGCUGCGUAUUCGCGCGAGUUGCUUGAAUUGUGGCUCGACUACGAGGAGAUCAGAACCGACGAGGCCCGUUUGGUCAAGGAUAUCGACAAGUUUGAGAUGAUCCAGCAGGCAUAUGAGUACGAGGUUCAGUACGGUGGCACUAUCGACUUGGAUCAGUUCUUCAAUGCUAGAGCGUCCAUCAAGACGGUCGAGAUCGGCCGUUUAUGUGAUCGGGUCUUGCAGAGAAGAGAGAAAUUCUGGCAGUCUGUGAAGAAGCAGGCGUAGUAUUUGCAUAUUAAUACCCUGCGUGAGGCGCUAGCCGAGGGCAUCUGGGGUGGACACGUUAUAAGGUAACUUGUAAUUGGAAUUACCAAGGUGUAGCCAAAUUCUGGAUAGUAUAGAAACAUGAACGAUAUUCAUA